AUGGCCGACAACCACGACGACUUGAUCGCGCAAUUCAGCUCCGUCACAGGCGCAAACCCGAGCAUAGCUCAAAAUGCGCUCGGUGCCGCCAACUGGAAUCUCGAACAAGCUAUCACCCUCUACUACGCCGAGAACGAAGACCAACCCAACGCCUCCGACGAAGACAUCCCCGAGGCACCUGCUGCUCAACCUACCCAGCCACAGCCCCUCAGCUCAUCCUCGAGUAGCAAGCCAAAAGCUGCGACAAGUGGCAACUCCAAGAUGAAGACUAUUCGCGAUCUGCAAGGUGGAGGCGACAAGGGUGAAGACGAGGACAAGCCACAGGACAUGUUCGCAGGCGGCGAGAAAAGUGGACUCGCUGUACAGAACCCAGGUGAAGGCGGACAACCCAUCGACCAUUUCCGCAACAUCAUGCAACAGGCGCGUCAGAAUAGGGAGCGACCACCUGGCGCUGACGGUGAGGAGGAGGAGACACCACGGUCGACGGCAUUCUCCGGACGAGCGCAGACACUGGGCGGUGAUGAUGCACCCAGUCAGGUCGUCGAAGAUCCAAAUGCUCCUCCACCAUCCAGUUCUGACCGCCAGCGCCCACCACGUGUGAGCAGGACAUUGCAUCUAUGGGCGGACGGUGUCAGCAUCGAUGACGGUCCUCUCCUUCGCUUCGACGACCCAGCCAACGAGCACAUCAUGCAGGAAAUCAACCAAGGUCGUGCACCGAAAGCACUGCUCGACGUUCAGCCAGAUCAAGAAGUCGACCUCAACCUCGAUCCACACAAGGGUGAGAACUACGUCCAGCCUAAGCCAAAGUACAAGCCAUUUGGUGGACAAGGCAACAGACUAGGCGCACCAACACCAGGGCUUGCGACAUCAUCUGGCGCAGCAUCCUCAUUAUCUUCCGCAGCGCCACCCGCUGCCGCCUCCCAGCCUGCGACACAGCAACCCGCCAUCGACGAGUCGCAACCAACGAUCCAGCUUCAAGUAAGAUUAGGAGAUGGCACUCGUCUUGUCGCUCGCUUCAACACCACCCAAACCAUUGGCGACGUCUACAGCUUCGUGGACAGGGCCGCAUCACAGCCGAGAUCCUACGCGCUCAUGCAGACCUUCCCUUCAAAAGAGCUCAGCGACAAGUCACAGGUGCUUGGCGAGAUGAGCGACUUUAAGCGUGGUGGCACCGUAGUGCAAAAGUGGACGUAA